CAGUGAUUGUCACUUAUCCUUCUAAUUUCAUUGGUUACUCCUUUUUGACUCACUUAUAUAAAACAAACACUAACAAUCAUGCUAGAAAGCACAUACUUUCUCUCUUUCUUUCUCUAUUUUUCUCUUCAUCAUGUCAACCACACAAGAGCAGCUCAAAAUCAAUUUCAUAUCUGGAGCUACUGGUCUUUCAUUCUCAUACGCAUGUAUGCAUCCACUCGAUACUAUCAAAACACGAAUUCAAGCAGCAGACCCUAAUGUAGGCUGGCGUCAAGUUAUCUUUUCUAAAGCAACUCUCAGAAGCCUCGGUAAAGGGUUCUUUGUUUCUGCCUUGGGUGCAGCUGGACAGGGCGGCGCUCGAUUUAGCACAUAUGAAUAUUGUAAGGCAAAGAUGUUGCCCAAAGAGAAAAAUGGAUGGACAAUUCCUGUUACUGCCUUAUCUGCUGUAUUGGGUGAUUUAGCUUCUAGCAUCAUUAAGGUACCAAGAGAGGUGAUUACAGCAAAACUUCAAAUCGACCAUUAUAAAACAAGGACUGGACAACGGCCUAAUGCAGCCUAUGUCAUCCGUCAGACCCUUCUUGAAGAUGGACCAAAAGGACUCUUUCGAGGGUUUUGGGCUAUUGCUGCACGAGAUUCACCCUUUAUGAUCAUCUUGUUAGUGUCUUAUGAAAACUUUAAAGCGUUCCAUCAUAGAUCGGUACGUGAGACGCUUGAAAAGACAAGAGAGUAUAGAAGAAAGCAUCAAAUUGUAGCCAGUACAUCCUUUGAAGAACUAGAAGCAGAUAUACCUACUAUGCGUAGUGUCAUCUAUGGCGGCGUCAGUGGGUUCAUGGCCGGAUACUUUACAACACCCAUGGAUGUGGUCCGUACGAGGGUCAUUGCUCAAAAGAAGAAUAAUCAUAACAAACCAAUGACUGUAUCCGAAAUGACUCGAUUCAUGAUUCGUACCCACUGGACUCACUCUCAAGCAAGUACAAUGACAAAAUCAAGAAAUAUCUAUCAUGCUUUCUUUGCUGGUGCAGUUCCAAGGAGCUUCUGGUGGUUUGGUAUCUGUGUUCAUUAUGAUCAAAAUUACAGCAACCUGACAAAAGAACAAUUUGAACUUUCAGAAUCUAUAUCUAAUUGGACAGAGGCCCAAAGAGCUGAACUCACUUUUCACUUAUUAACAACAUUACCACCUUAUCAAGUGACUCAGAUUCAAUUACCCUAUGAGAUAGCCAUCAACAUAUUAAGCUUUCUCGACACAAAAAGUCUCAUUCAAGCAUCUCAGGUCUCCAAAGGUUGGCAUGCACUCUGUGAGGAUUCAAAUCUUUGGAAACGCUUAUACGAAGCAGAAGGAUGGCAAUAUAACCAACAAGAGAUUGACGACUACUUAAACAAAGACAGUAUACAUCCUAUACCCAUUCAGCGCUCAUCUUCACCAUUUAUUCCAAGAAAGAGCACGAUGACGAAUAGACUUUUAAUGCAGUCAAAGGAAACGCACAAAGCUGACGAGAAACUAAAAUAUCAUCAUGAUCCUGAGACCCAUAAGCGUAUGAUCAACUGGAAAAGGCUCUACCAAAAUCGAUGGUUGAUCGAGCAGAGAUGGAAGAGAGGCAGCUGUGUGACACGGAUGCUACCGACCGAGUCUACACCUGAAUCAGAAUUACAUACCGGAGGUAUUUAUUGCACUCAGUUUGACAAGUCCAAGAUCGUGACCGGUAGUCGAGAUUGGUCCAUCAAAGUGUGGGAUGUAACGACAGGUAGAUGUAAAAAGACCAUACGCGUACACAACGGUAGCGUGCUUUGCUUGCAGUUUGAUGAUGAACAUGUACUCAGUGGGAGCUCUGAUACGACCGUGGCUCUCACGGAUCUGGUGACAGGACAGGCCAAGCACGUCUUACGAGGACAUUUUCACAGUGUUUUGGGUGUCAAAUUUGUUGGAAAAACCAAGUUGGUGAGCUGCUCCAAGGACAGCUCUCUUCGACUGUGGGAUAGAGCCACAGGAGAAUGCUUGCGGUUACUGGACGGCCAUGAAGCAGCCGUAAACGCGAUACAGUGGCAUGAUAACCGAAUCGUUUCUGCUUCAGGGGAUCGAACAGUGAAAAUAUGGGAUGUAGACAGUGGCGUCUGUUUACGAACUCUCAAGGGACACACCCGAGGUGUUGCUUGUGUCGAAUUCGACGGUCAUCGUAUCGUUAGUGGAUCUAGUGACGAGACUGUUAGGAUCUGGGAUGCUGAAAGUGGCGAUUGUGUAUUUACUCUCAUGGGACACACUCAGCUUGUGAGAACACUACAAUUUAAUUCACAGCUGAAUCGAAUCAUUAGCGGUUGUUAUGAUGGCCAUCUCAAGUUGUGGGAUCUAAAAGAGGGCAAACUACAAAAAAAUUUGGGCCAAGCAACCGAGGGAAGAAUAUUCAACAUCAAGUUUGAUUUCUCAAAAAUCAUGUGUUGUUCAAACCUAACAAGAUUAGUCGUGUAUGAUUUUGCACAUGGAAUCGAUACCAGCUUUUUGCAAUAA